UGUAUUACGCAUGUGCGGGCCGUCCACGUUGUGACUCAUCCAGAAAGCUGCAAAGAGCUGAGAGUGUGCAAGAAUGGGGGAACUGCGUCUGGUUCGGGGUGCUUUUCUAUGGGGGAUGAGUGGCAUUUACCUGUGUGCAUUCCUUUCAUUGUACACCCAGAUCCCAGGUUUGUAUGGACGUGAAGGGGUCUUGCCUGCUUGGAGGAUGCUCCGCUUCACCGGCAAAGGAUUUUGGGAACAACUGAAGGACUCCCCUACACUACUCUGGCUAGGUCCCUCGGUAGGACUGGAUACAGAACAGGGGAUGGAACUCAUCUGCUUACUAGGAGUUCUCCUGUCUGUGGGCGCAUUACUUUUUAGUUUCUUACGGGACAGCCUGGUGUUUCUCCUGCUGUGGAUCUUCUACUUAUCUGUAUAUCAGGUUGGACAAGUAUUCCUGUAUUUCCAAUGGGAUAGUCUUCUGCUAGAAGCAGGAUUUCUAACAAUAUUAGUAGCUCCACUGCGUGCUUUACGUUCAAAGACGAAUGCCUGGAGUACUCAUGAUGGGAUCACAUUUCUGCUAAUUCGAUGGCUGCUCUUUAGACUUAUGUUUGCAUCCGGAAUUGUAAAACUGACUAGCCGGUGUCCCACAUGGUGGGGGUUGACAGCUCUUACCUAUCACUACGAGACGCAGUGUAUCCCAACUCCAGCUGCCUGGUUUGCCCAUCAGCUUCCUGUCUGGCUCCAGAAAGUGUCAGUAGUUGCUACAUACGUCAUAGAAAUUGGGGUUCCAUGGCUUUUCUUCUUGCCUUCCCGGAGGCUCCGUCUUUUCUCAUUUUAUUCUCAGGCUCUAUUACAGGUCCUCAUCAUAAUCACUGGAAAUUACAAUUUCUUUAACCUGCUGACCCUGGUACUUUGCAUUUCUCUCCUGGAUGACCAGCAUUUAAAAGCAGAACCGAAGGGAAAAAAAGCACAGCAGAAAGGUUGGGGGUUCUCUGUACAGUCUUUAGUUGUGCUCUUAGAUCUCCUGGCUUUCGGGUUACUUGCUUACUGGAGUGUAAAAUAUUUUGAUCUUCAAAUCAACCUAGAAAAUUAUACGGUGGAAUCCAAAACAGCCUUUACCCAUCAUGACUUUCUGCAGUGGCUCAGGACACUCACUUUUCCAUCUAUGUACUUAGCCGGUGCUUCUUUAGGUUGGGAGAUUCUCAGAGGCAUGUACAGGAGUGCAUCUACUCGUGGCAUUUUCUGGAAGUUCUGGGCAACCAUGCAAUGGAUUCUUUUCUCUUUUGCAGCAGUUGGCAUGUUUGCUGUCAGCUUGGUCUUCUACAUGUUUCUCACUUAUGAGUCUAAUGGUCAACUCUCGCCAACUAUUCAUCAGCUGUUCAAUAAGGUAGACAGAUUCCAGCUGGCUAACUCUUAUGGCUUGUUUCGAAGGAUGACUGGGGUUGGUGGCCGACCAGAAGUUGUAGUUGAAGGAAGUUAUGACAAAGAAACUUGGACGGAAAUAGAAUUCAUGUACAAGCCAGGCAAUGUAAGUGCAGCUCCUCCAGUCAUCACUCCUCACCAGCCACGCUUGGACUGGCAGAUGUGGUUUGCUGCCCUUGGACAUCACACACAGAGUCCCUGGUUUACCAGCUUUGUUCAUCAACUCCUACAGGGAAACCAGGAUGUGGUGCGUUUGGUGCAGAAUGAUGAGUCCCUGUAUCCUUUCCAUGCUCGCCCCCCUCAUUAUAUAAGAGCACAACUUUUCAAGUAUUGGUUUACAGAAACUGAUCAAACAGGAAAAACAUCCAGUCACUGGUGGCGUCGUCGACAUGCCGAGGAAUUCUUCCCUACCGUGUACAUAGGAGACCCUACCUUGGAAUCCCUGUUGACCCAGCACGGACUCAAGGACAAGCCACCUCCUCGACGUUCAUCGGAUGCCCCCCUUCCAUCUACACUUAAGCUUGUUCGUGAUUUCGUACGCCCUUAUCCAGCACAUUUAUUGUUGUACUCGCUUCUUAUUACCAUAAUUGUUAUCAAUUCCUUGCAAGCUUUAUUUGGGGGAGGAAGCAAAGCAGGAGCCUCCAAGCAGAAGAGCCACUCAAAGCCACAAAGCGAGAAGAAGAAGCAAAAGGGCAGCAGUGGACAUGAUUCUAGUGCUUCAGGCUCUGUGGGAGAUGCUGGCCACAAUAUCAAGAGGCGUGAAAAGAGCUAAAGAAUAGGCAAGAACCUCAGACUCUCACCUAUCAUUUAGCACUACCGUCCCUAAUACUAGGAUGUGGGUCUGUACGGUUAUACACUGGUGGGCUUUAAUUAUGUUUAGCAUGCUCUGCUGCAUUCACUUGCAGGUAUUUGUCUAUUCUUUUUAGGCCAGCACCAAAGGAUGGGUGCAUAACCACUGAUCAUUGAAUUUCAUAUGCGUUUCUUGCCCAUGGUUUCACUUUUUUGUUUUUAUAUUUUUGCUUUUACAAACAUAGAAGAUGAUCUGAACACCAAGCCACAUAUGUUACGGCCAGUACCAUCUUUUGUCUUUAAAAAUGUUGGUUAUAAAAUAAUUUUAUGGGUGCUGCUAUGCUGUAUAUAUUGAAGACUGGCUGUAGCAUCCUAAUUUAUUAUCAAUAGUGUAAAAAGAAAAAAAGUGACAAUUGAGGGUUGCUUGGUGUAUGCUUUUUUUUUUUUCCUUUUUCUGUCCAGUAUAAACAUCAAGUUGCAUGCUUUAGUCACACUUACAAUAUACAUCCAUUAUGCCAUGAGUGUCAUUCUUUACAACCAUCCUGUAAAAUAUGACAUGGCAAAACCACCAAAAUGCAACUGUGCUGAAGUGCCUUUUUUAGAUGUGUAAAUCUCGUAUCUGAAGCCAUAUGUGCCUUAUUGCUUUUGUAUAUAUGAUCAUGGUAGAGGGAGGUUGUUUCAGUUGUUAUUGUGAAUUACUUUAUAGUUGAAUUGGCUCAGGCCAAUUUAAAAACUAAAAAACAUAAUUUUAGUUUCUUCAGGAUGUGGAUUAGAAAGUGUGUCCCUGAAUCCAUUUGUAAUGAAAUAUAUAUUUUUCUUAUGUGGCUGUAUGAUGCAGAAUUGUAAAACGAGCUAAAAUAUAACUCCAUUUUCAUUUUAAAUUGGUAGGUGUGCCUGCGGCCUCUAAAGA